AUGGAAGAAGUAGCUCGUCAUGAUACUGAAACGGAUUGUUGGAGUGUUUUGAAUGGUAAAGUCUAUAAUCUAACACCUUAUCUCAAGUAUCAUCCAGGUGGUCUUGCAGAUAUUAUGUUAUCAGCUGGUGGAGAUUGUACGGACCUUUUUAAUGAAAAACAUCCAUGGGUUAAUGGAGAAAGUAUCCUGGAAAAGUGUUAUCUUGGCAAACUUGCGUCCGAUGCAAGUUUUUCGACCAAUGUGAAUUCAGAAAUGGACACUUUUGCACUGCACAAGACCCAGUGGCGGUCAUUUCCACUUGCUAGCAAGCAAACUGUGAGUUCGCAAACCAUCAAGUUUACUUUCAAAUUGCCGGGUAAGAAAUUACUGGGACUUCAGAUACCGGGACAGCAUUUGAAAGUAAGAGCCAAGAUCAAUGGACAGAUGAUUGAAAGAGCCUUGACGCCAACGUCGAAUUUCUCACAAGCAGCAUCCUUUGACUUGAUUGUCAAAGUCUAUCCGGAUGGAAUUAUGAGCAGAUAUUUUGACAACUUGACAGUAGGUGACACUGUUGAGAUGCUUGGACCACAGGGAAGAAUUGGGUACCCGCAAGCUGGAAUGGUGACCAUUGGAGGCCAACCGAAGCUCACGAAUGUACGUCAUGUUGUCAUGGUUGCUGCGGGAACGGGUGUUGCACCGAUGAUGCAACUCAUUCGUGCUGUUGUGGAAAACAGCAAGGACACGGCCAAGAUCACGCUCGUAAACUGCAACCAUUCACUAGCGCACGUCAUCGCGCGCACGCAGUUAGAACCGCUAGCCAAUAUGUUUCUUGAGCGGAUCAAGAUUCACCACGUCCUCCGUGAGGCUAGUGAAGACGAUUCUCGAGAAUUGGGAUCGGUUCGAACUGGUAAGCGGCUCGAUAAGGCGAUGCUGACCGAGUUGCUGCCAAAGGUGUCACCUGAUGUGGCUGCUUUUCACUGUGGUCCACCAGCCUUUGACGAAGCUGUCAAUACCAUGCUAAAGGACAUUGGCUUUAGCGAGAACCAGAUCUUCAUGUUCUAG